AUGCCAGAGCUACUAACUGCUCUCUAUAUUUCAGGUGUCGGUGUUGGUACUGUUAUGGUGACUGCAAUGGUGUCUGUUUACUACAAUGUCAUCAUCGCCUACAGCCUGUACUAUAUGUUUGCAUCCUUCCAGUCUCCUCUUCCUUGGUCCAACUGCCUGAACUGGCUGACAGUAACUGUGGAGUGCAGUUUAAAUGAAACAGUGGCUAAUUUGACUCAGAUAAAUGGUACUUGUCCUGAAGAAAGCACAAGUCUGAGUGAGCAGUACUGGGAUAAUGUGGUUCUGCAGAGAUCCAGUGGUCUUGAUGAAACAGGGCCUAUAGUUUGGCACUUGGCCCUCUGUCUGCUGCUGAGCUCCAUUCUCAUUACUGCAGUGCUCAUCAGAGGCAUCAAGUCAUCAGGCAAAGUUGUGUACUUCACAGCUACAUUCCCUUACGUGGUGAUUCUGAUCCUGGUGAUCCGGGGUGCGACACUAGAGGGAGCCAGAGAUGGAAUAGAAUACUACAUUGGUGUUCAAUCCAAUUUGACCAAACUCACAGAAGCACAGGUGUGGAAAGACGCAGCGACUCAGAUCUUCUAUUCUCUCUCUAUUGCCUGGGGUGGACUCAUGACUCUGGCUUCCUAUAACAACUUCCAUAACAACGUCUUCAAGGACACCUUCGUUGUGACACUUACCAACGCUGGUACGAGUCUUUUUGCAGGCUUUGCCAUAUUUUCUAUUUUGGGUCACAUGGCUCAUGUCUAUGGGAAUCCUGUAGGAGAGGUGGUAAAGGAAGGAUUUGGCCUUGCAUUUAUCGCAUACCCAGAUGCUCUGUCAAAUGCUUCCCAUUCUCCUCUGUGGUCCAUUCUCUUUUUUGUCAUGCUCAUAACAGUUGGUCUGGAUUCUCAGUUGCAGGAAUUGUUUGUUGGCAGCUGGCUGCCUGCUAUUUUGGCAUUGUUGGAGGUCACUGGGCUCUGUUACAUUUAUGGAGGGAACCGCUUCAUUAAAGACAUCGAGAUGAUGUUGGGAACAAAGACCUUUUGUUUCUGGCUGUGGUGGAAAGCGUGUUGGUUCUUCAUAACCCCCUGCAUCAUAGCGGUGAUCCUGAUCUGGUCUUUGAUGGAACUUACACCCCCUGUCUAUGGUGGGAGUGUCCCGUACCCACCCUGGGGUUUGGCUCUGGGCUGGUGCAUGGUGGCCUUUGUCCUCAUCUGGAUUCCCAUCUUUGCCACGUGGAAACUGAUGACAGCAGAGGGGCAGCCAUGGAAACGUUUGAAGUCGGUGUGUUGUCCCUCUGAGGACUGGCAUCCUUACCUGGCUGUUCAUCGUGGAGAACGUUACUCUGAAGAACGCUGCAGGCACCACAAAAUGAAGAACAUCAUCUCACCAGAUUCAAAUAAUCUAAAUAUUAUCUCCAACUCAUGGCUCUGAUAUUCUGGGGUUUUGUGCUCAUGUAUGUAAAAAUGCUUUCAAUGACAUGUGCAAGCUGAAAUUUAUUUUUAUUUUUUAUUAUUAUUAUAAUUUGAUUUGAUUGUGUAUUGAAGGUUACAGUUGUUCUACAAAUAUUCAAACCACUAGAUGGCAGACAGUGGGAGUCAUUGUUGAGCUGUGCUAUGACUUGACAAUGUACAUCAGCCAUGUAUCAGCUGGCAGAAAUACAAUAAAUGCAGUGCCUUAACAUUCAGUGUGUCAGUCA